UUCUUCUAACUUAUUGGGUUUAUCAAAAGCUUCAUUCUCAAAUCCCUCUAUCAUAACUAUUCCAACCAUAAACGUAAGCAUUAUGCCAUCAGAAUCCGGCAAAGUUGUUUGUGUUACCGGCGCCGGAGGAUUCAUUGCCUCUUGGCUUGUUAAACUCCUUCUAGAAAAAGGUUACACUGUUAGAGGAACCGUUAGGAACCCUGAUGAUCCCAAGAAUAAUCACUUGAGGGAACUUGAAGGUGCAAAGGAAAGACUGACUCUGUGCAGAGCUGAUCUUUUGGACUACCAGAGUUUAAGAGAAGCAAUAUAUGGGUGUGACGGAGUUUUCCACACUGCCUCACCUGUCACUGAUGAUCCAGAACAAAUGGUGGAGCCAGCAGUAAUUGGGACAAAGAAUGUAGUAACAGCAGCAGCAGAAGCCAAACUGCAAAGGGUAGUGUUUACUUCGUCAAUAGGGACGGUUUACAUGGACCCCAACCGGGCUCCGGAUAAAGUUGUGGACGAAACUUGCUGGAGUGAUCUUGACUUCUGCAAGAAUACUAAGAAUUGGUAUUGCUAUGGGAAGACGAUAGCAGAACAAACAGCGUGGGAAGUGUCUAAGGAAAAAGGAGUGGAUUUAGUGGUGAUCAAUCCAGUGUUGGUGCUUGGACCAUUGCUCCAACCAACAGUGAAUGCGAGUGUUCUUCACAUCCUAAAGUACCUCACUGGCUCUGCUAAAACUUAUGCCAAUUCAAUCCAGGCGUAUGUGCAUGUUAAGGAUGUUGCUCUUGCCCACAUACUUCUCUACGAGACUCCUUCUGCAUCUGGCCGCUAUAUUUGUGCUGAGAGGGUGCUUCAUCGCGGCGAUGUGGUUGAAAUUCUUGCCAAAUUUUUCCCGGAGUAUCCAAUCCCCAGCAAGUGCUCGGAUGAAACGAGGCCAAGGGCAAAACCAUACAAAUUCACGAACCAAAAGCUAAAGGACUUGGGUUUGAAGUUUACACCGGUGAAACAGUGCUUAUAUGAGACGGUGAAGAGCCUGCAGGAGAAAGGUCAUCUUCCAGUUCCUACACAAAACGAUGAAUGUAUUCGAAUUAAGUCUGCUCCUAACAGGUAUUAAGGGGCGGGAAUCAAAAGAAAAAGAUGCCGUUGCUUUGCCUUUUUGUGUACCAAAAGAAAAGAAAAAAAUUACUUGUGUGCUCCGUUUUACUAUAUGACUUUGUGGAAAUGUUCCUACUGUUCCGAUUAUUGUUAGUUUUACUCAGAUAUUGUGGUGCAUAUUAUAAAUAGUUUAAAUGCCACAAGCGACUUGUAACCAGGGAUUAAUGUUUUUACUAUAUGAAGUUACCUUUUGAGUUUAAGCUUUU